CUGUGUUUCCGUGUCGGAACGUAAAUAUCAGCGUGCUGAGCGAAAAUGACAAUGAAUGUGUCCUCCCCAGCAGAACACUUGGGUUGGAUCUUCAGCCUCAAUAGGACAUGAUGUCCCUGAGGUUCCACUGGGUCUGCCUCCUCCUCCUAUCUCUCUGUCUGUUACUAUGGUACAGUCAUGUGACGAGGUCUUGGGUGUCCAUGAAAGUGGGUCUUCGUGGUUACGUGAGGGUUCUUCCAAACAGUCGUUCAAGUUCAUAUUUCCUGGACUUCCACUGUGGCCGCUGUGCCGUUGUGUCCAGUUCUGGCCAGAUGCUGGCCAGUGGGCAGGGUCAAGAGAUUGACAAACAGGAAUGUGUGAUCCGUAUGAACGUGGCGCCCACAGUGGGAUACGAGGCUGAUGUCGGAAACAUGACGAGUUUGCGUGUCAUCUCCCACACCAGCGUGCCACACCUGGUACGGCAGCAGGGAUAUUUUUUCGGGCGAGAGGCGGACACCCGAUACGUUGUGUGGGGUCCUGAGAAAAACAUGAGGCAGGAUGGAAAGGGGAAAAUUUUUAAUGCUCUGGUGAAGCUGGCUAGGAAGUACCCGCAAACACACAUCUACACCGUCACCAGAGAGAAGAUUCAGUACUGUGACGCUGUGUUUCAAAACGAGACGGGGAAGAACAGGAUGCAAUCAGGGGCGUUCCUCAGUACAGGGUUUUUUACUAUGAUUUUAGCUCUGGAGAUGUGUGACAGCAUUCUAGUUUAUGGAAUGAUUGAUGGCUCUUACUGCAGUCAUGCCAACCACUCCUUUGUGCCAUACCACUACUACGAGCCGUCACGCCUAGAUGAGUGUCGUAUGUACCGCGUUCAUGAGCAUGCAAAGAGGGGCGGCCAUCGCUUCAUCACAGAGAAAGUUAUUUACAGCCGCUGGGCGUUGCAGGGGAAACUAUGGUUUGUUUACCCAUCCUGGUCACCACAACAACAUCAAGAUCAAUAGUUAAUACUAAAUCAGGCUUUGUUGAGUUUGUUCAAAGUUAGGUAAAUCUUGAGCAAGUUUAAAAAUGCAAUUUCCCCCUAAAGUAUAUGUUUAUGUUGAGAUAAAAAAAAAAAAACUCUCCCUUCCACUGUGGAGCUUUUAGUGUUGAAAUUCUGCCACCAGUUUGGCCUUUAACUUGUGCUGCUCUGCCCAGUGUUUUAUUUGGUAAAAUUUUUUUAUAUAUAUAUUUAAGUCUUAAACUUAUUUCUGCAUAAUAUUCAUUAUAAUGAGCCUUUUUAAUUUCAGUAAUGCUUUAUCAUAUUUGUGAAUAUCAAAGAUUUAAUUGUCAAUCUGUUUUUGGAUAUUAAUCUGAAUUUAGAGCACUGCAAAUGUGAUGCUUUUAUAAGAAACCACUAAACUGGCUGAACAGGUCUGUGCGAGAGAGUCUGAAUCCGGAGUGCGAGAGACUCUGAAUCCGGAGUGCGAGAGAGUCUGAAUCCGGAGUGCGAGAGAGUCUGAAUCCGGAGUGUGAGAGAGUCUGAAUCCGGAGUGCGAGAGAGUCUGAAUCCGGAGUGCGAGAGAGUCUGAAUCCGGAGUGCGAGAGAGUCUGAAUCCGGAGUGCGAGAGACUCUGAAUCUGGAAUGUGAAAGACUCUGACUCCGGAAUGCGAGAGAGUCUGAAUCCGGAAUGUGAGAGACUCUGACUCCGGAGUGCGAGAGACUCUAAAUUCAGAGUGCGAGAGACUCUGACUCCGGAGUGUGAGAGACUCUGACUCCGGAGUGCAAGAGAGCUCUGAAUCUGGAGUGCGAGAGACUCUGAAUUCGGAGUGUGAGAGUCCGAAAAGAAUCAACAGAAUUACUAUUACUAGUAUUUACAGAUUGCUAAAUAUUCAUGAUGGCAGUCAAAUGACAGUAUACUACAUUUACAUUACAUAAUAACUCUAAUAUCAUUCUUAUGUAAAACUUAAAGAAUGUGUCUUCUGUCUGUUGUCUUUCUCUCUUGAAACCAAGAGAUUUUCACUGUUAAUUUAUAGCGAUGAAUAUAUAUAUGCAGAAUCAUAGCUGUAUCAAUGCAUUUACACACUGAUCUCCUUUAAUCAUCAGACUCAAUGGACUACUUGUCAGAAACUCAGAUAACAGUUAGUUAACUAAGUACAUAGGAUAUUCCACUAGGAUAUACUUUAUAUCACAUGUUGCAGAUGUUGUACAAUGAUAUCAAUCUUACAAUGAUAUCAAUUUUUCUUGGUAAAAAAAAGUCUCACCAUCUAACAUGCAACACCUGUCACACAUGGUGUCAUAAUAUAUUUGACUCCAAGAUGUGCUUAUAAUCAACACUGUGAUUUAUUUGUAUUUCCCUGCUGAAUGAUUGUUUUAAACACUUAUUCUCAUUAACGGAAGUAUAUCCAGGGAUGAGCCAGCAAUGCUUUUUAAACUGUUUUAAUCACUCUUUUUAACUUUUUGUUUGUUUUCAGUUUGUGUGGUAGAUAACUUGGUUGACUCAUGAGUUUACUUAUUAUUAGCUGUUAUGGUGGCUACAGGUACAUCACGUCUGUGUGCAUAUAUACUGAAUGUGUGCAGAAAUUACAUUAUUUCCACUAUUUUUGCCACAAAAAUGUAAUGUUGAUUCUACUGAAGAGUGUUAUUUUUAUAUUUACUAACAGAUUUUCACUCGGUACUGAAAUGUUAUUGUUUUUUUCUGAUCAUGUUCACAAAUUAAUUUUUUGUAUUUAGUCCAAGAUUUUACUGUGGUACCCAAAAUGUAUUAUUGUAUAUUUAGUAUUUCAUGCAUGCAUGUGAGCACCAAAGAUGGUCCGUGGUGCUUGUCCAUCAGUGUUUAUCUAGUACAUAUCCAAUUUAACCCCAACAAAUCUGACUGGACUAUUCAUGUAUUAACACAUCAUGAGGUGACGUUUUCAAAUAAUAUCUUAAGAUUAUUCAAUUAAACAUGUUUAUUUUUACAUUCUCCCUCAUUUUUAUGUUGUUCUGUUACAUAUCUAAAAACACCCCCAAUAAAUCUGACUGUAUAGUUUGUAAAUUAACACAUCAUAAAUCAUAAAUGUUUUAAAAGACAGUUGUUUUUUGUUUUUUCUGGAAAAGUUUUUUUUUUUUUUGCUGUGUGUUCUAAAAAAGAAUUUAAAAGAGAUUCUUAUUCACAUCAUGCAGUCCUUUUGUAUGUCAUUCAACUGCAGACUACUGUGGAUAAUACUGUGAUCAUGAUUUGACCUUAUUUGACCUGUGAUCACACAGACUGCUGCUAAAGAUUAGGCCUGUGUUGCUUGAAAAUCUGCUCUGUAUCUGGCUAUUUAAAGCGACAGUGUUAUUAAAAUGAGCU